AUGAAGAAUGAAACACAACAUUUUUUCAUCGUGUGCUUAUUUGACAUAGCAUUUUUUGCGGUGUGUGUUUGUAUAUGGUUAUAUUUAAGAAAGAAUCGAGAUGAGAACAAGAUAAAUGAUAAUAUAUAUAUAUUAAAUCAUCAGACACAUAGUGAAUUAAAGAUAGAGAAUAAAGAGAGUGUAGGUGUAACAAAUGAUGAAAAUAAUACAGAAGUAAAAAAGAAAACAAAUAGAUUUCGAACAUUUUUAAAUAUAAAAGAUGAUAAAAUAGUAAAUACAGAAAUAAAAUAUUAUUUAUUUUUUUUAAAAGCUAAUAGAAAUAUUAUAUUUUCAUUAUGUAUAUUAGGAACCUUUUUAGUUUUACCAUUAUAUUUAUCAUUACCAAGAAAUGAUAUAAAUAAUCCAUCUUUUUUUCAUUAUAUUAGUGCUGGUAGUAUAUCUGAUAUAAAUAUUUUGACUAUAUUAUAUUUUAUCACCUUAAUAUAUAGUGCUAUUUCUUAUGCAUUCAUUUAUUUGUUGUGGAGAAAAAUUCGACCCAGUAAGAAGAAGACCAAAAAAUUUCUUCCUCAGAAUUUUACUAUUAUGGUUUCUCGUAUAGAUAAAAAAGAAAUUAAUGCUUAUAAAAUAUAUGAAUAUUUUUGCAACCUAACUAAUAAUAAAGUUGUCUCAGCUUAUUUGAUAUUAGAUUAUUCUAUUGUUUAUCAUGAACAAAAGAAAAUUUUCAAUGCUACCAAAAAUUUAAAACUACUUAAAGAAAAUGAAGAGAAAAAAAAUAUUAAAAGAGAAAAGUCUAGGAGUAUCUUCUUUAAAUGGACAUCUAAAAAAAAAAAAAAAAAAAAUGCUUCAAAUGGUCCACUUCAAAUAUGUGAUAAAAAUACUAAUCAGAAUGUAAAAAUUUCGAAAAAUAAUACAACAGAAGGUAAUCAAAUGAAUAAUAGUGCAUCUAUUCAAAAUAAAAAAGCAAAGAAUCUAUCUGCAGAAAAUAAUAAUAAUACCAUGACAAACACUAAAUCAAAAAAUGAGCACAGCAAAUUAAGUAGUAAUGAUAAUAUUAAAAAUAUUAAUGACGAUAAGAGGAAGAAGAAGAAUCAAAAUGAUGCCAACAGUAAUGUUUCUAGAGGUGUUACUAUCGAAGGAAAUGAUAAAAAUAAUGACACUGAUAUAAAUGAAAGUAUGGACAGAAAAAUCAAAAAGGCUACUUCUAAGGGUAACGAAGCAUACAAACAAAAAAGUGCUAGCAAGAUGAAGGAGAAUGAAAUAUUGGAAAAAAAAGAAAAAGGAAAAAAUAUUAAAAAGGAACAUAAAAAUGGUGUUGAUAAUUAUGAUGAUGAUGAUGAUAAUGAUGAUAAUGAUGAUAAUAAUAAUGAUGAUGAUGAUGAUGAUGAUGAUGAUAAUGAUGAUGAUAAUAAUGAUGAUGAUAAUAAUGAUGAUGAUAAUAAUGAUGAUGAUAAUAAUGAUGGUGAUGAUGAUAUGAAAAAUAUUAAAUCCAAAAGAGAUAAUGAUAAUGUAGAAGAUGAACCAGCUUGUUAUUUAAAAGAUACCACAGAUGAAGAAUUAGUAGUUGAAAAAACUAAAUUAAGAAAAAAAAAAAAUGCAGGUUCAAAUUAUAGUUAUAAACUUGAUCUAGAAGAAAAAUUAAUGAGAAGUACAAAUAAUGAUAUGUUAUUUUAUGAUUUAGAUAAUUUAUCUACAAAAGAUAAUGAUAAUAUUGAUAUAAAAUAUAAAAAGAAAAAGAAAAAAAAUUUAUAUAAAAGUGAUUCUAAGACCAACUUUUUUGAUAAAAUAUUUUUCUUUUUAAAAAAAAAUAAAAAAAGUCAUUGGAAAAAAAAAUUAAAAGAACAUUUAAUUAAAUUCUAUUCAAUCAAAAAUGAAACUCCAAAAAAAUCUACAGGAGUAUGUUUUGUAUCUUUUAUAGAUACAAAGUCUGUUCAUGAUUGUAUACAUAAUAUACCAUUCACAGAAAGAAAUAAAUGGGUUAUAUCUAAUGCACCACCUAAUUAUGAUAUUAUAUGGAAGAAUUUAAAAAAUGAUAGUUAUAAAGUAUGUGCUCGUUUUAUUAUAUUGAAUGCAUUAUUAUUAUUAGCUAAUACAAUAAUGAUUAUAUCGGUUACAUCUAUUGAUAAUAUCUUAAAGCUUAAAAUUAAAAAAUAUAAGGCGGCGGACCCAAGCUCAUCUAAUCUCAGUGCAAUAUUGACAACUUGGUUAUCCCCAUUUAUUGUUAUAUUUGUGAACAGUAUUAUUCAACCAGCUUUAAUUUCUUGUGUUUCCAUGAUUAUUGGAUUUAUAAGAAAGUCAAGUGAACAUACAUACGUGUUACAAGGAAAUUUUAUCUUUUUAAUUUUAAAUACAAUUAUUAUACCUUUACUUUCUCUUUCUCCCUUAAGUUCGAUAAUAAAGGUCAUGUAUUCUGAUGAAAUCGGGCAGUGGUCAACACGCCUGGGAGAAUAUCUUUUUAAUUCUAGUGGUUUCUUUGCUAUGCGUUAUUUACUUCAUUGUUGUUUCUUAACGUGUGCAAAUCAAUUAUUGCAAAUUCCUCAAUUUUCAAUACGUUCAAUUUUUAAGAUUCUUACGAAAAAAGAAAUCAGUGCUUGGACUUUUGAUUUUGGAUAUUGGUAUGGAUUUAAUACUUCCAUUUUAGCCUUGAUAUUGACCUUUAGUGUUGCUGUGCCUUUCAUAUUACCACUAGGGUCCCUAUACUUUUUCUUGCGAUAUUAUAUCGACAAAUAUAAUUUAAUUUAUGAAAUAUGUCGAACGAAUUUGGAUAGUCACGGAGCGGUAGUGAGGACGGCUAUAAAAUUUAUGCUUUUUUCAGUGGCUUUCUUUCAACUGGUUAUGUUCACGUUUUUUUCGAGAGUUCAGAAUAAGUUCAUUUCGGUUGGCAGAAAUAUAUUAUUUUUGUCAUCAUCGUUGACAACACUUUUAUUAUUGUGUCGAUCGACAGAAUGGGUUAGUACCAAUCAUAUAAAAAGAAAAAAAGGGAAAAGAACGUUUUGUUAUCUAUGUGAAAAAAAUGUAUAUGUUAGUAAUUUAAAAGAUUUAAACAAAUUAAAGUAUGCUUAUGCAAAUCCAUGUGAAUCAAAGAGAUAA